UGAAUGACUUUUGUUCUGUUCAUUGGUCCAGACACUUUUUAAAUGUUUCGAUUUUGGUAUAAAACGUCAUCUUGUCCAAAAAGCACUAACAAAAGCAAUUGUGUUGUGGAAAGAGGCUUUAGCACAGCUAACUGUCUACGUUUUCUGCGUGGUUUAAUCUGAAGGGAUAAACUGCCUAGUAUUCGGUCGUCGACAGUAAUGCGUAGCUUCAUACAUUCACCAUGGCAACCUAGCUCCGCCCGCUCUACCUGAAUUAUCUCGGAACAGACAACCAGCAGUGUCAUUUGCAUUAUUUAUUAACAUCCAAUCGCCCAAACCGUAUUUCCCCUGUAACGACUUGCUGCACAAAGAACUGUUAUUCUUUUACAUAAGUUACAUAGAUCACCGAGUUACCCCGCGGACUAAAGAGUUUUUUUUUUUGUAAUUUACAGAAGUGUGAGGCUGAAGGACGAGGUUGCUAACGACUGAGCUGUAAAUCCUUGAAUGAUAAUGUAGAUUUGCGGCACAAGAACACAGUCGGAAUGGAUCACUUUGAGGCUUCCUCAGAUCUAGACACAUCUGAUGAACUGACAGAGGAGGGCUGUGAGAUAACUUUUGAAAGAGUUGUAUUGAAUGGAGACCUAGAGGAAGAUGGCGAUUGCCAAGAACGACCAGGGUCAUUGCUGUGGGAGAAAUCCUUUGAACAAAGUAUCUUUGUUGACAUUGAGGAUGAUGGUAGCUUCCAUUUUAGUGACCUGCAAGAUUCCUACACUUUUCAGCUAUCUCAGGAUUCAGCUGAAGACACCAGUCUUAAUUUAAUUGGACAACAUAUGGAAGAGUUAGAUUCUUAUGGAAACAUUCAAGACAAAACAACUUCUGAAAGCAGUUUUGAGAGCCACAAAGUACAUGGUACUAAAAGUAGUAUAACCAGAAUAUCUGAGCAGAGACACAACACUAUGGAAGAUCUACCACUUCACACACCAUAUCUUCUUGUAGACACGAGUGAUGAAGAACAAGAAGACCUUCCUUAUGAUGACAACUUUGAUAGUAAUAAUAAAGCCAUCACCACUGACUCUAACAUGGAUGACUACAGGAUACCAUUAGCUAUAUCAAACAAUAUCCUUACAGGCCAUCUGUCUAAUAUAAGAGAUGCUGGUAAACCCAACAAGAAUACAUAUGGGGAGUUUUCUUUUCCUGUUUGUGUAUCUAGCUGUGAAACAGAAAACAAUGAAAAUGAAAUUGACACUAUUUCUGAAGUUACCAAAGUUCCCGUCAAAAACGAUCACCAGCUUAGUACCUUUUCUCCUGAGCUCAACUGUUUUGAAGGAUCUCAGUCAGGGAUUCCAGAGGUUCUACUUCGGCAUUUCUCUGAGGAAAACCUAUUUAGUUCAAGUAAAUACAUUGAAGCAGAGACCAUGCCUGAGACUUCUUUUACUGAAAGUGUUGAAACCGAAACAGUGCUGAACCGAUUUAAAUCUAGACAUAAUUCACCCAAAUAUAAUGAAGGGAAAAGUCUGCUGGGAAAAGACCUUUGUAAAGUUAUAGAGUUGGAAACUGAGCCCAAAGAGCAGCGUGAAGAUGAUACUUCAAAAAAUAGUGAGUGUCAGAAAACAGAAGAAAUCUCAAGUGCUGAAAGCAGCAAUACAGAAACUCAGGAUGAAGUAUCAGAUCAGUUAAACGGUCCAGAUAGUCCUGAAAUUAUAGACAAUGAAGGGAACCAAAGCCAAAGAUCUCUGUUUGGGAGAGCAGGCUAUUGUAAUGAUAUCAAAUAUGGACAAGGUCAGGUUCACUACCCUCUUCCUGACUUUUCCAAAGUGGCCCCAAAAAUUAAGAUCCCAAAGGGAAGCAGUGCUACAAAUUUGAACAACCCAACGCCUGGCAUUAAGAGGACCGAGUCCUCCCCAGGCUUAUUCAGCAAUUCUACCACCUCUUUGAAAUCAGCUGUGGAUGUAGUGAAAGAGGUUCUAGACACCAUACAGCCACACGAAACACCCUUUGAUUUCAGAGACCAACAAAAAAGACAAUACAACCCAAAACAGAACCCAGAACUUGUUCAACAUUUACAGGAUGAAUAUGACAAAUUAUUAACAAAAUACGCUGAAGCAGAAAACUUAAUUGAUCAGAUGAGACUGGGUGCUAAAAUUCCCCUGCUCUCUGAUUCUCCAAAACCAAUUGAAAACAUUGACUCUGGAGUUAUGCCUCCUCAUGCUAAUACCACAACCUUCAGGGUUGCAAAUCCAACCACAGCUCAAUUAGGAUCCACACCCAGAUCACCUCUUACAGGGUCCGCAACAGACAUGCAAGAUACUGAAGUGCCGAACAAUAAUGAUACAGACACAACUCACCGGGAGCCAACCGAGGGAGAAAAGAUGACUCAGGCGCUAAAAGAAAUGAUAAACCAGUUUACAGCAAAGGUGGAUGAGUUCAAAAGCUGUCUUAACUCAGGAACAUUAACAGUGGAAGAACAGCAAGAGAUUUUUAAGAGUAUGAUGGAUGCCCAGGAUAAAUUGGAAAGGGGUUACAUGGCCCAAAAAGACGGACAUCGUGCUCUUGAACUUCGAAAUGACAUGGGCAAGACUGAAAACAUAGGGGAGUUUGAUCCUGAGAGGCAGGUGGAAGGGGAGAUAUUUAAAAUAGGAAUGUGCCUUGAAGACCUCAAAGAGCAAAUUGAUGAAAAUGUGUGCAAUCAACCAUCCCCGCCAGCAUUCACCACAUCAACCCCUUUGCCGUCAGCUGUGCCCAUCUCCUCAUCCCAUACACCAUUGCAUGAGAGGCCAGGUCUUUAUCAAUCUUCAGAAGAACCAAGAAUGUUGGAGAGGGAAGUAAGGUCAGUCAGUGAGGAUAAUGAUCCAAUACUAUGGACUGCUCAUCUCAACACAGAACAGGUUCAUAGUCAACGGUAUUUCUGUGAAAGUUCUGAUAUGUCACAGGAAAGUUUGGAUGUUACUCUGUGUGAGGAUGGCAGUUGUAAUCCAUCUGCAGCAACAGUAAAAGCAAAAGAUAUCGUCUAUAAUGGAAUAUCUACAGAACCAAGGCAUACCCUGGAAAGCAGACUGCAGACUCCUGAACUCCAACCUCUCAUUUGCUUGUCAGAGACUUUGUCUUGCAGUGCUGCUUUGGAAGGUCUUCCUCACUCGUCAUGUAAUCUGUCUGUAAAGCUACAUGGCAGCUCAUUUCAACAACCAGAUUCACUGGAGCAGAGAAUAUUGACCCCUGAAACAGACAGUGGCUUUGGAGGCUCUGUGGCUUGUCGCCCACCUACAGCAGUGUUUCAAACACACUCUGAUCAGACAGCUACAGAGAGGGAAGUCAGCCACUGCAGGUCCAUGUUUCCACUCCUUACGAAAAUGACCAGGUCUUGCAGCUCAAGUAGUGAUGUGUCAUCCUCCUGCAUAGAGAUGGAUGACACAAGACCCACAGAUUCCAAAGGGCUGAAUGAUGCACUUGGAUUUGCUGAUCUGUCUGGUGGAAGCACAGUGGGCCACUGGACUCACAGUAUUGUGAGUGACAGUAAUCCCACUGGAGAGCAAGGAAGUAUCGCACAACUGUCUGGUCAUCUCAUAGGUGAAAGUUCGGACGAUCAUCUCUUGUUACCCACACCAUGGCAUUGUGGCCCUCCUGUCCCAACACUGGGUAACGUGACCUCUACAGUGGAUAAGGAUUCCCACCCAUGUGCUCUUCAGAAUGAAGCAAUUCUAGCUCUUCAGUCUGAAGUAUCAAGGCUGAGGAAAGAAUUGGAGAAGAGUUUGUCUGGUCUGCCUCAGAGAUCCAACAGAAUGGACAUCACUAACUCGAGUCACAAACAAGAGAAGACAUACAGGGCAAGGUCACAAUCACACAACAGGGUUGCUUCUUACAGUGGAAGGAAGCAUAUGCAGUACAGAAAUAAGAAAGUGUUCACCGUCAAUAGGGAUUCAAGUCCUCAGAAAGUGGAUGACUGGAUUUCAUCAGAUAUGGAACCAAGUACUGAUAGUGAAGGCUCGUCACAUUCUUUCUCACCAUCUGUGUCACACCCCUUGCAUUACAAAGCUGACAGAAAGAGUCACAGAAGACCUAGCCGCUCUGAAGAACGUGAAGAUUCAUGUCUAGUUAAACACCAGUCAACAGAUGAAGAUUAUACUUUCAGCAGCCCUCGUCAAAAACACUCAAAUGCAUUGAUAAACAGUCAGUCCUACUCCCUGUGUAACAGUGAAAGCAAUCACUCAUCGUCAGCAGAGGAUCUGAAGAGUGUUUCUAAAGAGAAGAAUGUACAUCAGUACAGAAGAAACUCAAACAAGACUGAAUCGCAUGGCAAUAGUGGCUCAAUCUGCAGUUUGCCACUAAGCUACAUGGUACAGCAGUCUUUAGUCCCACACAAUAGAAGAGGCUCCACCCAAUCAGACUCAGCCCUUCUGACCAGUAGAAUCUAUCCAAGGAGAUCAACAGCUAUCAAUGACCUUAAUGCAAGAAGUUUACAGAGCAGCCUAUAUAUGGAUGCACAUUUAAACAAAACAUUAGACAGCGCCAUAGAGGCUGCACAGAGCUUGAAGAGAACCACAGACAGAAUGGCAAAAACUCUCUCAGCUGAUUUCGCCAAAGCAGAGUCAUACAGAAAAAUGCAUGGGCUGUAAUCAUUGAUCAGUACAGUACAGCACAGCACAGCACAUCUCAUCCAUGAAGGUCCCCGACGGACACAAGACGCAACAUCUCUAGCUUCUCCUUGGCUUGUUCCUAAAGUAACUUGCAUUCAAUUAAAAAAUACACAAUAAAAAUGUGUUAAACUGGACAUAUUUCCUCCUUACUGUUUUUUACUGGAUGGAAAAUAUUAGUUUUAGUCUAUAUUUUAUAGAUACUUUUAUCAGUAUUCUUCACAUUGACAUCAGUCUAUAUACUUUUAAAAUCUGUUACAGAAAAAAAAGCCCUCUGCCACAAAUUGUGCAACAUUUUGGACACUUACUAACAUUCCAUCCUUUUGAAUGGGUAUUGCAUAAAAAAGGAAAUGAUUAUGUUGUGCAACUUUUGGUCCACCCUGUUUAACUCUCUACCAAAUGUAUCGCAACCUGCUUUUAGAUUGCGGUGAAUGUGAUACAAAAUUGUUAUCUUUUUUGGUUUCAUUUACUGUAUUUAUCUUUUGAGUUCUCAAAGAAUGUAUUAGCAGAUGUUCUGUUAAAAUAAUAUGAAUUCUACUUAACAGUAUUAUCAAAAUCUAAUGUAAUUAAUGCAACAGUUUUAUUGAAUAUUCUUACAAAUUAAUACCAAAUGUACAGUAUUUAAAAAUCAAUCUAAUUACAGUACUUCAGUCAUUUUAUACCAUUAGUGUUUGUUGUGUCUAAAUGUAGUAAUUACAUUUGUCAUGUAUUUGAGUGACUUAUUCUUAAUCGAAUCCAUAAAUGACUAAUUUACAAAUAAAGUAGCAAGAUACCUGUACAUUUCCUGUUGCUUUUCUAAAAAGUAAAGCAUUAUUUAUUUUUAUUUUGUUAAACUGAAUUACAUAAUAAGAGAUACUUAAACCUUCUGCCUUCUUGAAUUCAAAUUACUUAAUUGAACUGGAAAUUACUCAAUUAUAAAAACAAGUGUGGUAUGUAGUACUACGUGGUCAUUAUGUUAAAUAGCUUCUUAUAACAAUGUAAUUCGUUCUUUAUAACAAAAGAUCAAAUUAGGUCAACCUGAGCUCAAUUUUCAGAACCUAGAUUAAGAAUGUUCAUACAAAUUGUCAUCACAAUUGGAUGACCAGUUCCAAAGAUACUGGUGCUGGUAAUUCAGUUAUUGCUGCUAGUAAUAUUGGGACAGAAAGUUUGAUUUUAGCUUGCAUUUACAAAAUGUAUACACCAGAUGGAGCAAAUGCUCCAUUAAAAGCUUGUCAGUUUAUAUUACUCGCCAGCUGCUGAAAAAAGAGUACACUGUUUACCAAUAUAACCCUAUUUACUGAAUUCAAUACUUAUUAUAAACCUUAUUUUCUGAAAAAUUAUUUUAAUCAAAGUAAUGUAAAAGAAUACAGGUAUGUCUACACACUCCUGUUUAUUAUAAUUAGGGCUUCUGAUUUUUGGUGUUAUCCGCUGACUUUUCUACUGUCCUUUAAAAAUGCAAUUGAUACCGGUUAAGCCUUUUGUAUAUCUCAAUCACAACUGAGAAACGUAUUAAUAGUAAAAUUGAUUUAAUUUACAGGGGUUUUCUAUGAAACAAAUAAAUGGCCUUUUUAAAUCUUAUUUUAAAUUUCAAGAAGCAGAAGCGACUCCUCUUUAUUAAUGUAAAUAGUCACGCAGAACGAUUGUAAUAGUGUGUCCAGCAUAAAAUACUUUAUUUUUCAUUAUAUCCAAUAAAGGUUAUUAGCAUGUUGCAAUCUCAUUUGUACCUUUUGCUUGUUAAUCAAAAAUUAAGGCUUUGCCAAUUUAAAAGCCAAUUUAGUUGUUCCACAGAAAAAAAAAUCAAUUUUAUUAUUAACACGUUUCUCAGUCGUGAUUGAGAUACAUGAAUGCCUUAACACGUACAAAACAAAUUCUUAAAGGAGAGUAGAAAAGUCAGGGUAAAGCACCGAAAAUCAGAUGCCCUAAUUAUUUAAAAUGAUAUAUCAUUACGUAUUAAAAUUAACUUGUUUGUACUGUGUUAUAAACUGGACUACUCUAAAGACCGGAACUAUUAAACAGUAAAUAGGGUAACAUUCCCAGAUUAUAUUGCACAGAACCUUCUCAUAUUCUCUGAGAACCAGUUCCACCUAUUGCGCCACACGUAAUGUGAAAAUCUGACACCAAUAUUCACUGUUAACAUUAGAUACUACAUACAAUACUGCUAGUUAUCAUGUUUCUAUUGAGAUGUUUGCCUUUUCCAUUGGGUGUCACAGGUCUGCAUUACUCUCUUAUGUACAGUGUGUGUCUUGAAAUCUUAAAUUACUGUUUUUUUGUUGUGGUAGCCAAUUAUGUUGAAAACAAUAAGAUGUCUGUUCCAAUUGUUAACUGAUAUUAGGUUUACUGCUCCACCUUUGAAAGUUACAAUAUAUAUUUUUAAAAAAUGAAUUAAAAAAAAUGUUGAAAAAAUUAAUAAACUAAAAAAGACCACUUCAUUGCAAAUGUUCAGUAAACAUCGCCUUUGACUGAUUCCUCAAAGAUAAUUCCACCACCAAGGUGUUUAUAAGGUUGCUAUGGAGAGACCAUAAGGAUGACUUCACAUCCCAGAAAUUAAACUACAUUUCUCAAUGGUAGCUUUAAUUAAAAAGAAAGAAAUGACUGUCUAAACUUUUAAUUCUUUAGCACACAUUAUUCAGAGAAUCUGUCUGUAAUGUCAAACUUUUUACAAGUGCAUACAAUGGUUGUAGGUCAUGGUGACCUACUUUAUUGUGUUACCUUUAGCUCUAAUUUGAUAUUCAGUCACAGAAUAUCGCCGACAUGCUUGUAUAACCCCACUGUUGU